AUGCCGCAGCUGGACUCAGGCGGGGGCGGCGCGGGCGGCGGCGACGACCUCGGCGCACCGGACGAGCUGCUGGCCUUCCAGGAUGAGGGCGAGGAGCAGGACGACAAGAUCCGCGACAGCGCCGCCGGUCCCGAGCGCGACCUCGCCGAGCUCAAGUCGUCGCUCGUGAACGAGUCCGAGGGCGCGGCCGGCGGCGCAGGGAUCCCGGGGGUCCCGGGAGCCGGCGCCGGGGCCCGCGGCGAGGCCGAGGUCGGGGCCGAGGCUCUCGGGCGGGAACACGCUGCGCAGAGACUCUUCCCGGACAAACUUCCAGAGCCCCUGGAGGAUGGCCUGAAGGCCCCGGAGUGUACCAGCGGCAUGUACAAAGAGACCGUCUACUCCGCCUUCAAUCUGCUCAUGCACUACCCACCCCCCUCGGGAGCAGGGCAGCACCCCCAGCCGCAGCCCCCGCUGCACAAGGCCAAUCAGCCCCCCCAUGGUGUCCCCCAACUCUCUCUCUACGACCAUUUCAACAGCCCACACCCCACCCCUGCACCUGCGGACAUCAGCCAGAAGCAAGUUCACAGGCCUCUGCAGACCCCUGACCUCUCUGGCUUCUACUCCCUGACCUCAGGCAGCAUGGGGCAGCUCCCCCACACUGUGAGCUGGUUCACCCACCCGUCCUUGAUGCUAGGUUCUAGUGUACCUGGUCACCCAGCAGCCAUCCCCCACCCGGCCAUUGUGCCCCCCUCAGGGAAGCAGGAGCUUCAGUCCUUCGACCGCAACCUGAAGACACAAGCAGAGUCCAAGGCAGAGAAGGAGGCCAAGAAGCCAACCAUCAAGAAGCCCCUCAAUGCCUUCAUGCUGUACAUGAAGGAGAUGAGAGCCAAGGUCAUCGCAGAGUGCACACUUAAGGAGAGUGCUGCCAUCAACCAGAUCCUGGGCCGCAGGUGGCAUGCGCUGUCGCGAGAAGAGCAGGCCAAGUACUAUGAGCUGGCCCGCAAGGAGAGGCAGCUGCACAUGCAGCUAUACCCAGGCUGGUCAGCGCGGGACAACUAUGGGAAGAAGAAGAGGCGGUCGAGGGAAAAGCACCAAGAAUCCACCACAGACCCUGGCUCGCCUAAGAAAUGCCGUGCUCGCUUUGGCCUCAACCAGCAGACGGAUUGGUGUGGUCCGUGCAGGAGGAAAAAGAAAUGCAUUCGGUACUUACCCGGAGAAGGCCGCUGCCCCAGCCCCGUUCCUUCCGAUGACAGUGCUCUAGGCUGCCCUGGGUCCCCAGCUCCCCAGGACUCACCCUCUUACCAUCUGCUGCCCCGCUUCCCCACAGAACUGCCUGCUAGCCCUGCGGAGCGGCACCUACAUCCCCAGGUCUCUCCACUGCUCUCAGCCUCCCAACCCCAGGGCCCCCACAGGCCCCCCGCAGCACCCUGCAGAGUACACAGGUACAGCAACAGGAAUCUCAGAGACAGGCAGCCUAGCAGGCACAGGACACCUGGCCUCCUCCAGGAGCCUACCCCCUGAGAGAAAGCAACAGAGACCCAGAUUGCAUGAAAACCAGCCAGGGGUCCUGUUAACUCCGUCUCAGGGUUCAGACCCUGAAGAUUCCAGAGGCUGCAAAAUUUCCACCUGAACCUGAGGCCAUCGAUUCAAACUGCUCCAAGUGGUGGGAAUCAGAUCUGUGUUGUUGUCAUCUAAUUAAGGGAAUCCCUUGUACCUGUGGCUGCCUGCAUCUAUUCUUUGUACCAUCUGUCUUGCCAGCCAGAAGCCUCUGCCUCUCUAGCUUUUCUGCUCUAGGUUAGAGAUGGGCUGAACUGAGCCUAGCUACCUUCUCUAUCCAUCUCCCCCAUCCCCCACUGCCACACCCUCCCCAUUCAUGGACCAAGAAUGACCUGGUUUGUCAAACAGCCACAAAGCUCAAGAUGACAACUCUUUUAAGAAAAUGGAGAAGCUCUGUUUAUAAAACAAAACCAGCUGCUACUCAUAAGUUGGACCAGAGGAAGCCUCUUACCAUGUUCUCAGGAGCUUGCGAGAAGCAGGGAGGGGAAUGGAAUAGGUUGUUUAGGCCUAUCAACCUAAGCAACAGAAAUAACCUGACACUACCUUAUCAGGCAAGUUGGGGAGCAGGGGUGUAUCUAGCUCUAUUUCAAAUUAUUUGGAAGUGUUUCCUGAGAAACUCACCGGCCUAAGAAGCUCUGAUACCAAGGCCCCAGGCUUGUCACUAGCAGCGCAGUCAACAGUUCAAAGAAGUCAUGGCCCAAAUCCAGUGUGCACCUCUCCCCACUCACAGAGCCUUUUUCAUAGUUCCAUUUCCAGUUUAUCUAUGGCAGUCCAGCCAGCUCCUGGGCAGCUGUGAGAUGGCAAACCCAAAACCUCACGACAGCCAGAGCCUGUUUUCCAGCAUUCAGUCCAGACCAGCUCCAGUUUCCCCAUGGGGCUGCGGGACAGAGGACCAUUACAACUAGAUCAAGGAGCCCAGAAAACCUCCAGUAGUCCAAACAGGUUUUCACCAUAGCCUACUUUAACCCAUUUUUGAGCCAAGCUUCAACCCUGAGCCUUGAAAAACAAGUCUUUUUUUAAUUUAAUUUUUGUUUUUUGCCUCCUUCUCAUCGUACGUAGCCUGAAUCCAAAGAAAAAGGGCUGCCUGGCCGGGUGCGGUGGCUCACGCCUGUAAUCCCAGCACUUUGGCAGGCCGAGACAGGUGGAUCACCUGAGGUCAGUGGUUUGAGACUAGCCUGGCCAACAUGGUGAAACCCUGUACCUACUAAAAAUACAAAAAUUAGCCGGAUGUGGUGGUGUGCAUGUGUAAUCCCAGCUACUCAAGAGGCUGAGGUGGGAGAAUUGCUUCAAUCUGGGAGGUGGAGGUUACAGUGAGCCAAGAUGGCGCUACUGCACUCCAGCCUGGGUAACAGGGAGAGUGCAUCUCAAAAAACAAAAAAAAGAGGGCUGUCCAUGUACUCACACACCCCUCAAAAAAAGCCUUUAGUUCCUACUUUAGCCACUGGUUUCUCAGAAUCCAAAGAUCACAUAUUCUAGUGUAACACUGCAAGAAGUCUUGAGAAAAAGAUUAUUGUAGUGUUCAAAAUAUUUUUGCAUUGUUAAUACAUCAUCAUAGAAAAAUUUUUUUAAACAUGAGAAUAAAGAUACUUUUUACUGGAUUUGUUUUUCAAAGCCUGAACCUGAGGAAUAAGUUGUUUCAGUAACAGAGCAUGAUAUUAUUUCCUUUUCUUCUCCACAGUUAGGAAACUUGGAGUUUGUUCCCUAUGGUGCAUAUGUUCCCAAACCUCCAGCCUGCAGAAACCAGGGAUUACACUUGUCAUCUCCCCUAAAGGGGUGUGGGCCCUGCCUGCCUCACCCCUGAGAGCUAGGCCUAUACUCCUAGGCUUUGCUCUCUUAGCCCCCAAUCCCCCCAGUGAUGCAGACCCCACAAUGAUGCAGGCCAGCCUGCUCCCCAGUGCUCAUAUAAAAUAGAUGAGUUGGUAACUGCUGUCCAUAAAGGCUGAAAAGAGAAUCCAACCUGAAAUGACCCAGCUGGGCUCCAUUUGAUCACACAUGACCACUAGGCUCCAUUUUCCUCUGAGGGCAGAGAGAAAAGAAAACAUUCCACAAGUGCAUAUCCUAUUUCAAGGAAAACAAGAGCAAACAAGAGUCUUUUAUAACCUAUUAGCACCACAAAAUCCUAAAGAAGGAUUUUUUAAUAGCACCCUCUAAGACACAAAGUAUUUUUCAUAUUUUCACACAAGCCUUUCAGUUUGAUAAAUCUAUAACCCACUUUUUUAAAAGUCAUACACACUGUUGGUGGACACGAGAGCCACCAUAUCCACUUUAUUUUUACAUUAUUUGUAUACAUUUAGGGGGUACAAGUGCACCUGUGUUACAUGGAUAUAUUGUGUAGCGGUGAGGUCUGGGCUUUUAGUGUGCCCCCCCACCCAGAGAGUGUACUGUGCACGUAAGUAGUGUACGUUGUACUCAACAGGAUUUCAUACCUCAUCCCCUUUCAUCUCCCACCUUUUGAAGUCGCCAGUGUCUAUUAUUCCAUUCCGUAUCCAUAUACCAUGUGUACUCACUGUGUAGCUCCCUACAACUCACUUUUUACAUGACAGUUUCCACCAAGCACACUACUGUCUUCCAGAGACCCGUCAUGAAUGUAAAAGGUGUCAUGAAGGCACCUCAAUGAGUCAGUCAACAAGUAGAUGAUGAAUGUCAGGCAAGAGGUAUUUCACAUGGGACAGCCAGUGGGCCACCAUCAUGCAUUGUCAUUGUCAUUCCACUGAGUUCUAUUUUUUGGAUUUUGUAUUUAAAGAUACUUAUAAAGAAAAUCAUCUUUCAGAGCAGUGUCUAUUUAAAGUAGGCCACUGGAAGUUGUAACCGCAGACUUGCUGCUUUUGCUUCUUUCUGAGAGAGUGCUAGAGGACACUAGCCAUUCUCUGGACAUCUGUCCCAUUUUAAAUAAUUCUGUUCUGGCUACUGGCCUAGUUGUUUUUUAAAAAAAAAAAAAAAAAAA